AUGAAAAAAAAAACGUAGCGGGUUGUGUACACAUGGGACUGGUAUUUCUUGUCGCCUGCAGUCCUCCGUGUUGGACGCUUUGGAUUAUCAGUGUAUUAUUGGUGUGCUUAGUAGCCUAUUGUUUGGAUACAUUGAACGCUUUUAUUUCUUCAUGUCGAUGUAUUACAAUUGAAGUGGACACUGUCGUUCCAGCUCCUGUUUUAAGAGUUAAGUCCCUUGCCUGACGUCUGUUCAUGUCUUGGUGAGAGGGAAUCAUGGCGGAGCUGGAGGAUUCAGAUUCCAUCGAGCGAGGCUACAGACGUCUCUCUACCCUGUUUAUGCCCCCAAAUCUGAACCUUCAGAAGUGUCAACGCUGCAACCAGACGGUCUAUCAGCAGGAGAGGGUCGGGCCAGUCAAUGACGUCAUCUUUCAUAAGCAGUGUUUUAACUGCUGUGUUUGCAAAGGUUAUUUAAAUUUGAAAAACUAUUGGACCAAUCAAGGCAACAACGACGACAAAGAGGUUUAUUGCCAAGGUCAUGCUCCAAGGAUCGGCGGCUCGCGAGUGGAUAGCCGCGCUGUUGGAAUACAGGGUGCCAUAGCUGCGCAAGAUAAUUUUAGGAAAGCUUCCAGCAAAAUGACUGAGCUGCGAUUUCAAGGGGAACAACCCGGCUACGCCCUCGACCACGAGGCUUUGGGUAUCAAAGCUGGACUAGCCAAGGGAAGACAACAGAGCUUUGGCCCAAUAAGUGAGCAGUUCUCUGGGAACAAAUACACUAUCGAUGAGAAUGCUGUACACAUCAGAGGAGCGAUUAACGCGCAGCUGCUACAGAAGAAGUAUCAGAGGAAGUUAGAUAAACAUCACUUCCCCCCACACAUCGCCAAGAAAAGAGAACAAUUAUUUGAUGCGCAAAAGAGACUGGAAGAGCAACUUAGGAAGGAAGAAGAUGAGCUGUUAAGAGGAUUCCAGGAAGAGAGGGUGAAAGAAGGUCAAGCUAUAAAUAAAGAGAUCGAUACAGAGUGGGAGUCUAAGCUCCAAGAGCUGACAGAUCGUUAUGAAAAAGAUUUGAACAAGAAAAAGAAAAAACUGAAAGAUGCUGAUAAAAAAAUGAUAACCAUUCAGUUUGAAAAUGAAAAGAAAAGUUUGGCAGAGACGCUGAAGAUGAAGAAAGAAAAUAAAAGAAAUACUAUGACGCUGCGGCUGCGGCAGAAAGAGCAGCAGCAGACAGCAGAGCUGGUCAAGAAACAAAGCCAGAUUAUGCUAGAAAUGUUGGCUAAAGAACAAAGGGAACUUAAAGCUGAACUGGCCAAGGAGAGUCUCAAGGCAAAACACAAUGGCAGAAGUGAAGAAAAUGGUACAAUUUUAGAAGAAGUCAUCGACAUACUACCCAUAACUUCCGUCACUGCGCCACCUUCCCCUGAGGUCCCUUCCUGUCGCAAAGAAGAUAUCUUCUCUGAUGUCUCGGUCUUUCAGUCGAUUGAUGAGCAAGUUUUAAAGGUAGCUGAAAGUGAACAAUUGACCUAUACAGACCUAGUCAGACAGCUGACUGAAGACCUGAUGUCUGAUUUGGAAAAAGCAAGAGCUAUCUAUCGUUGGAUCUGCGUUAAAGAUUUAAAUGUCAUGGAGUUUGACGAUGGUCUCAAUGUAGACACCCCAAUGGGGCUUCUCCGUGGAAUCAAACUGGGAACUGAGACAUACCACGUGUUGUUCAUGAGAUUAUGCAGUUAUGCUGGUCUACACUGUGUUGAGAUCAAAGGUCAUUCUAAAAGUGUUGGCUAUGAACCUGGCAUGAAAAUAUCACCCACUACAUUUCAAAACACUUGGAAUGCAGUUUUGAUUGAUAGAGAAUGGAGACUGAUCCAAUGCAACUGGGGAGCUAGGCAUCUGGUGUUGAGUAAAGACAAAGAAGACAAAAAGAAAGGCAAUGAUCAUAUCCGCUAUCAAUAUGAUGAGCAUUACUUCAUGACCAACCCAGAUGAAUUUAUCCAAGAAUUUUGGCCCCAGGAUCCCAAGUGGCAGUUGCUAGAAUCUCCGAUUACUCUGGAAGAAUUUGAGGCAUUGCCUUUUGUUAGGUCCAUAUUCUUCCAAUACAAAAUGCGUUUUGAAGGCCACAAGCUUGCAGUGAUCCAUACCGAUGACAAAGGAGGAGCUAAAAUCACUAUUCGUGUCCCAGAAGAGCAUGAGAAUGAUUUAGUUUUCUUUUACCAACUUCGAUUUGCUGAGAAAGAGAAGGCAAAGGAAACAAUGUACCGAGGAUCUCCAUUGGAGCGUUUUGUGUUUCAAACUAUGGUUGACAACACUGUUACAUUUAGUGUUCAUGUUCCUUGUCCGGGCCAGUUUUUUAUCGAAAUAUUUGCCAAUAAAAUUGAUGACAGCGGUCGAGUCGAAGAAAACAAUGCCAGUGUCGCACCGUUCAAGUUGAAGUGCGCUUGUAAAUUUAAAAUAGUUUGUGAAACUCUUUCCGGUAAAAUGCAUCCGCUACCCAAUUGCGCUGCAGGAGAAUGGGGGCCUAAGAAGGCCCAGAGACACUUUGGCAUUAUUCCGCUGAAAACUCCAAAGUCUGAGUUUGAAAUGGAGAAAGUUGGAAUUCUGACUGUGGAGGAUAACUUUGAGUUAAAGUUUCAAAUUCCACAUCCCUACCAGUUUGUGGCGAAGCUAAGAAUGAAUCAUGUUGAAAGUAAAGUCUUGGAUCCUUUCGUCAAUUUAACAACCGAAGGUACUAUUUUGUCUGUCUAUGUCUCAUUGCCACAGCCUGGUCAAUAUGGCCUAGACCUCUUUGCUCGACCUAAAGGGGCAGUGGAGACCCACUCUCUCUCCCAUGCCUGCAAGUAUCUCAUCAACUGCACCCGAGUAGCGUCUGUGGUCCAAAUUCCAAAAACAGUCCCAGCUGCUGAAUCAAAGCGUUCUAAAUUUGGACCUACUGCUGCUUUUGAAGAAAUGGGCCUGAAGCUAGUCGCUCCUAAAGAAGCCAAAAUCCAAGUGACCAAAACAAAUGGCCUUUCACUUGAGAUUAAAGUUCCUCCAAAGAUUGUACUGUCCUAUCAGUUUCUCAGAGAACCUGAUGAAGAUAAUAGAGACUAUGUUACCCAGACCCAAGAAUCUAAUGGCUUAGUCAAGUUUGCUAUCACAUUACCUAAAAAAGGCAACUACAUGCUGUCCGUCUAUGCUCGUAAAGAAGACGGAGAGAAGAAGUCAGCUCCGAAUGUUUUCAACUUUAUAGUUCAGUUCUCCCCAGAAGCUGAAAUUACCACAAACCUAGACAAAAACUCAGACAAGAAAUCUUUCUUUAAAAAAUCAUUAUUCAAGAAACAAAAUAGCAAAGAAAAAUUCUCAGAUAAAAUAUCGGACAAAUCUUCGGAUAAAUCCACAUAGAUCUAGUAAAAACUGGUAAACUAUGUGUGGUAUAAAAGGAAAUAUCAUACUUAAGAUUUUCAAAUGUUACUACUUACAUAUUUAAUGAUAGUUCAAGAUGUUAGUAAUAUUUCAUUGCAAUAAUGUUUUUGUAAUGUUUUAAUGAUGUUGGCAAAUGAGUCUAUGGUAUUAAUUAGUAUUUGUCAUCUCAUUAUUUUCAAUUAAUUUCAUCUUUUAUUAUUUGUGUAUAUUGUCCAAGUGUAUUUACAUUCAAUUUGAAGAUUUCAUUUCAAUCUACCUCAUACACUGAAGUAUGUAACAAAUUCUUCCUUGUCUUUCCCUUGAAGUCAUGUGUACUACAGUAGUGAAGGUGAUUGGUCAAUGUGCUGGCCAUAAAAUAUCUUUAAAGGGAAUGAACUAUUCUGGCUAUGUACUUGAUUUAAAGAUGUUUACUUACACAAAGUAAGAUUAAAUUCUCUUAAACUAGCAAGUGGUCAGGUAUUCAAACUUACUGAUCAUGCAGCAUAUGCACUGGACUGUUGUCCAGUUUUUUCUAUGGUCCAAGGUUCAUACCCUGCCACUGCCAUCCCCCAUAGUCCUGCUGGACUAGGAAGUUGAUUAUCUUCAACUAUGAAGAAACAUCCGAAACUUGUAAAACAUUUACAAACAUUUUUUUUUUGUACAUUCAUUAAGUUCCUCUCUUUCAAUAGUCCUCUUUAAAAUCCAUGCCAAGACUUAGUAGGGCUUAUUGAUAUACAUGAAGAUUUACUACUGUAGAGUUGAGCGACAACCUAGAAAAAUACUUUAGACUUCUAUAAAAAUUUUCUUUGAUUUUACUUAAUUCUAGCAGAGUUUCUUAUAAUUAUUGUCAUUGUAUUUUUAUAUAGAUUUUUAUUUUCCUUCGUGUAUUAGUGGCUAUUUUAUUGAUGUUGAGGGUCUGGCAAAGUAGGGAAACAUUGUAACCACUGUGGUGUACACAUUGCCUCAAGUUAGUUUCCAAUUUUGACCCCAUGCUGCUUUGGUGACAGAUGUGAGGCUGUUAGAGCAUACUUCUCUCUGACUUCACCAAUUUUCACCAAGCAAUCCAUAAUUUUUUAUCCUUUAUGUGUCACAGACAUUUUUUACAUUAAUUCUUUCUCUCCUAAUUGACGAUGCCAACGUUGAUUAAACCCCAUUAGACUAAAUUGAUUUUUGGAUUUAUAAACUUUAAUGAGUAUUGUGUAAAAAGAUAAUUAUUUUCCCAAUAAUUCAUUACCAAAUAUAACUUUUUCUGAUAUCAAACACAAAGGUUAUUGAAGUUUAAUUAUAGCAGGAUAGUGAAAUACAAAUGAGCUAAAUGAAUAAUUCUACCGGAAUGAGAAAAAUAAUUACAGAGAGAAAGAGUUAAAGUAAAAAGUUCCUAAGAUUAUUAGGUUAUUAGGUAAUGAGAGAAGCUGAUAGCAUGACUUGCUUAGACAUAGAUUCUCCAGCACCGUUUGGCGCAUUGGGUGGCAAGCUGUCUCCGUAAAGAUCUGUCCCUGUCUACUUUAAAGAGCAUUGAUUAGUGAAGGGCCUCUAUCAUAUAUAUUGUAUUUUAUAAACACAUUAGCAAGAACGGUCUCAUAUAGUGAAAGGCCUAUUUAUAUUUUAUUUAUAUUUACUCUUUCAGUUUUUUUACCUUCAUUUGUUGUCCUGCACAAAAAGAAAAUUGCAUUUAGAUUCUAUUGUUCCUUUUUUUUUUUUAUAUUAUUUUGUUUCUGAUAUGAUGUUCUUUCCUCCCAUUAUGUUUAAUUAUGCAUUAGAAUCUAUCUAUAUAUAUAUUUAUAUAUUUAAGUUUUAUCUAUAUAUAUAUUUAUAUAUUUAAGUUUUAAAAUGUUUUUUGUAAAAUGAUUGCUUGUUCCUAUAUUAUGUUUUGUAUAAGUUACAGUGUGAGCUAAUUACCAUAUGUUAAUAUAUUGUUAUGUGGAUUGAUUUUUGAUAAUUAGAUGACAAUUUAAAGUACUAGCAUUUCUAGGUGUAAGUUAUUUGUCAUUGAAAAUUGUUUAAAUAUAAAUAUUAUGUAUACUAGCAAUGAUAUAUUGUAGAAUUAUAUCAUAUCUCACAUAACCUUGUUUACUAAAAUAAAGCCUGCAAAUGUUAGAUUUAGUUUAUUGAAUUAUUUAGAAAUUUUAUUUGUAGACUUUUUUCUAGUAUGCAAUAUUGUACAUUUAUGGUUAACAAUCUCAAUGACACUGUAAUUUGUCAGUGAUUGUGAAAGAUUGAAGAUACAACAUUUUUAUUCAUUCUCCUCAUUCAUUGCCCAUGGGUGUCACAGUUCUGCAUCAUCAGCCCCCCUUUAGUAAAAACACCACAAUCAAGCCUCUUGCUAGUCUUUUAAUUUAUUUCCCAAGUCUUUCCUGCCCUGGGGAGGGGCUCUAAUCUCUGACUCCGACUUCAGCCUGUUUUUCUUUCUGGGUGUGCUCCCAUAGCCUUUGAUCAUCUGCAAGGCAGCAGGUGUUUAAUUUCAGAGUUGUCUCUCCUAGAUGAACUACUAUCCCUAGUUUAUGAGUUUCAUCUACCCGGGUUUAGAGUUUAAGCCCCUUAUACUCUCUUUUUGCAAUCAUUUCCCUGGACUAUUUUAGAUGUGUUAGGUGAAUAUCCUAAUCACUGGAAUACCCCCCCACCUCAUCCUCCAUGAUUGCAAACCAGUUGGUCCACAGCUGUUUAUUCGAUAUUCACAGCUAAUCCUUAUAUCUAAGGGUUUUCCCCUAUCUGCCACCUGGGAACGUGCUAGGUAGAAGAUGGUAGCUCCCCCAAGAAACAUUUGUUGAUGAAGGUUUAUACUUUGUAAGUAUAUAUAAGUAAACAUAAAUUGUAAGACUGCCUUGACAUAACAUUCUUACUAAUGUUAGAAGAUUUAGUGAAUAUUUGUCUUUUAUCAGUUCUCCAUCUUUGUGGUGGGUUUAUUUUAAGACCUUCACUAGGAUAUCCUAUAUAAUCUAUGAUACAAUACACAAGUCUAUAUAUAUUCUAUAUUCCUAUCCAAAGUCCUUUUCAAAGUCUACAAAUGUUGCUUAAAGAGAAUAAUUUUGAGUGUGGUCAGCCCAUGAUCUUCCUUGUAUUUUUUUGUUAAGCAAGAUAGUGUUGAAAUUCUUGUUAGAUUUUACUUAAAUAGCUUUUUCCACAUAACGGUAGGAUAAUUCCAUUAACCAAAUUUGGUUACCUUUUAUUGUUUCUAUUAUGAGUUAAUAUUAUGCAUCUAAAUAUUUCUUAAGAAAUUCUACAUAUGUGGCUUUACUUCAGUCAAAGAGCAACUAUGGAUCUCAUGGAGAUGAGAUGAAUGUUGGAAUGAUGUUGCUCAUACAUCAGUUCCACGCAGCUACAAAGGAAUGUAAUGGCAAACUUUCCUGUCCAAAGCUUAGUGAAAACUAGGUCUUGCCAGAAUCAAUAUCUAGUGUGACUGGUUGUUAGAGGCUAUUUAGAGACACCAUGUCAUUAGCAACCUAGCAGAACUUAAUUCUACAUAGUGUUAGAGCAACUAAUUUUAAUUAACAGACGGUCUACAAAACCCUUUUCUAGAUAAGUCAUUUAUCAUUAAAUAUCAUUAAGUCCAACUGUGAUUUCCUUUUUUUUUUUUAUGUAUUGUGCAGGAGUUAACCAAAUUUAUAUUUAUCUAUUUAUAAUAGUUUGUGAUCUUUUUCAAUUUUAAGAAUUUGUUUACAAUGGCAAAUUUUCCUGUCCAAAGCUUAGUGGAAAGUAAGUCUUGUCAGAGUCAAUAUCUGCAUGUCAUUAGGAAGCAUUUAACCCUUAUAGGUAAAGGAGGGCUACUUUUGGUAAUAGCAACCUAGCAGAACUUAAUUCUACAUAGUGUUUGAGCAACUAAUUUUAAUUAACAGACUACAAAACCCUUUUCUAGAUAAGUCAUUUAUCAUUUAAUAUCAUUAAGUCCAACUCUGAUUUCUUUUAUGUAUUGUGGACUAUGUAUUUGUAUGUAUUUAUGUAUUUUAAAUGACUCUCAUAAAGUUUUUCAAUUUUCAGAAUUUGUUUAGAAUGUAAUAAGGGCUCUAAAUUUAUUUUUCAGUCAACUGGUUUAAAUAUAUUCAUAUCUUUGAAUAUGCCAGUCCAAAUGAUAACUAGAACUUCUGAAGUAUCUCUUCAAAGGCUAAUAAGAUAUUGAUUGUGGUGUUUCAUAAAUAUUGUGUAUAUAUAUUUUUAUGAGUUAUGUUUAUCUUUUCAAUAUGAAAGUAACUAAGUUUUUGAAAAGUUAUUUAAUUUUUAUAUAUUUAUAAUUUGAUUAUGAACAUCUUCCAAUAUUAAAGCAAUUAAUAUGAGUUUUAGAAAUGUAAUUUUUUUUAUAUUUUAAUUAGUUUAUGGAUAUCUCCCAGAUUAGGUAAUAAAUAGACUAUUUUAAUGAAUUCUAGAAAUAUUCUGUUUACAUACAUCUAACAUGCUAGAUUAGUUAUAGUGGAUAUGGAUUCAUUAGUCACUUAAGUUAUUUUUUAUAUAUUAAAUUAAAAAUCCUGUCUACAUUGGGAUUUGAACCUCUUCUAAAAGACCCCCUCAGUAAGCAAGCUAAAGCUUAUGCCUCUCUGCCACAGAUCACACAAACAUUCUGCUGAUUUUAAAUAUAUAAACAAAAGUAAAGGGAAAAGAAAAAAAAAAAAGUUUUGAGCUACUUUGAACUUUCAAACUUUGACCUUGUGAAUAAGGUCACAGCCCUUUUUUUUUUUUUAUUUUGCACAAACAAGAUUUAAAAGAUUUUAUUUAAGUAUGGAUUUUUAAACUGUGUUUCAAUAUUUCUAAAGAGUAUUCUUAAGGUAAUUUUUUUUCUUAUAAUUGGGGGUGUAGUGGCUGAUUGGUAUAGCCUUUCUUAACUGAUAAGUCCUAGGUUUGAAUUUCUGUGAAGACUGGGAUUUUUAACUUCUGAAUUUAUAGGACACCCAUGAGUCCACCCAACUCAAAAGGUUACCCGACUUGAAUUGGGAAAAGUAAGUGUGGUUGUGCUGGCCACAUGACACCCUCUUUAAUGUCUGCAAAAUGAUCUUUACAUUACCUGCCCUAUAGAUCUCAAGAUCUAAAAGGAAACUUCCUUAUAAUUGUUUUCAAGUAUAAUGCACUAGAAUAAAGUGUGAAAAAAUUAACUUGUUGCUUCCAUCACCAUGUACAGAUCAGAUGUACAUUAGCAUUUAUUUAAUUUCACAAAGUGUUGCUUGUUUGUUUUUUUAGUUAAGUCUUCACUUCUGCAAGUCAGAUAAAAACUAUAUUUCAAAAUUCCAACUUUUUAAUUCAUCCAAAUUGUAAGGUAAAUUUCCUUAUGGAUAAUCAAGAUUGUUAUUUAAAAAACAAAUAAAAAAUGUUAUUCCUUUUUGAAAUAUGCUUUUCAAAUACAUGACCUCAAAUAAAUGUGUGAUGGUUUGAGUGAAAAAAUAUUUAUAAUUUUUAUUGGUAUAUUUCAUUUCUAUGUUUUAAUUGCUCUUGAGUUUUCAUUGUACUCUCACAAUGUUAUGUUACUGUUGAUAUAUAAAUUAUUAUUGUCAUUGUUUUUGGGUUUUCUUGGUGCUAUUUGUGUACAUCUUUUUGUUUGUUUUUUGUGACAUGGCCACAGUUGAGGCAAACAAUUAGAAAGCUGGUGGUAGUCCAUCAAUGUAAUAUUAAAAGCCAGCACAAACUUGUGUCACUGUAAAGUCACCAUAUUGUAUCCUCUUGGGGAGUCUGGACGAGGAACACAUGUAAUGCAUUAAAUAUAUAGAGAUCGGUGUAUCAUUUGACAAACCUAAAUAUGUUUACCGACAUUUUAUGACAUGACAUUUGAGGAAAUAAAAUUCUGGUUUAUCAUUAUUC